AUGAAUUCGGUGUCGAAGUCUAGCAAGUCAGCAGUUACUGUAGCUGAAAAACGCAGAAAAGAUCGAGACAAGGAGCGAAACAAACUAUCAUCGAAGCGAAAGUUACCUUCGGAUGCCAAAAGUCGAUUUGGAAAAGAAUUUAUUUCUAAGCUCUGUGAACUCUUCCAAAGUACUGAACCCAGUUCUUGUGAAAGGUUGCGUCAAAUGCAUAAUGAGUUACUUGCAUACUACAAGGAGCAUGACUUAAAUGUUAUGUGGAUAUCAGAUGAUGAAACUGAUGGUAAAGAAAUUAAGGCUCCCUUGUCCAAGAAAACACAUCAGGAUAUUACCAAAGGAGAUAUACGUCCUGUUAACGUUUCACGGUCGAAGACAGAAGCAAAAGAAAAAGCGAAGCCAAAAACGGAAAAUAAAAGUUCACCGAUAAUUACCACACCAAUUCCAGCACCUCAGUUGUUUUCUCAGUUCGAAUUAAGCGAUGAUUCUGAUGAUAACACGUCGCAGAGAUUGAACGGAUCUUCUGUCAAAAAUUAUAAACUUUGUGAUAUAUGCAGUAGCGCGCUAAAUAUUUCAAACAACACAAUUUUGGAGUGCGAAGAAUGUGGUAAAACUGUUCAUCAGAAAUGUGCUCGGCCUGAAAUUACGGCUGCACAAGUGAAAGAUCCACGUUUUCUUUUUGUUUGCGACGAUUGCAAAGAUCGCGAAGACGAGAAAAUGGGGACAAGUCAUUCGAAAUCUACUAGUUUUAGAAAGGAUGAUAAAGUGAUGUCAAAGUCUUCAGAAGAAAAAUUGCAGCCUUUCAAGUCAGAAAGUGAUAUCUUGACAACAUUUUCCAAUUUUGCUGCUAAAAAAGCCAAAAAAUGUGCGUCUUUGGGAACAAGUUCUACUCCAGUAUCACAAUCCAGUGGCGUCAUAAUAAAUAAAAUGCUUCCCACCUUUUCUUUGAAAGAUAAAAGAUAA